CGAUAUAACAGCCUACCGGUUCAAGGAAUGAGUUGAGUGUGUGCCGAUAUUGUGUUGAAUGCCUGUUCGUGUGUGUUGUUGGUGUACUCGUGACGGAUUAUUUAUUAAUGCAGAUAAUUCAGUGUUUUGGGAGAAGUAUUUAUUUCUUGGGUACAGCAAUCUUAUAAAUGCAUCGUGAAAUGUCGCACGGUAGGCGAUCACAUGUUCACGUCACCAAGAUUGUCGUUUUGGUGGUGCUGCUCCUAGUCGCAUUCCAAUACCUCCUGAACGCCUUAUUCUUGAAGCCACAGUCGUUCCUGGUUCUCCGCAUCACGCACACGUCCGCGGAGACAGAGGUGAAAUCGCCGUUGCCUUACAACCUGAACGCACGUAACAUAACACCCGCAACGCUUGGUAACGUGACGCUAGAGAGAUGCCCCGUUUUACCGCCAUUAUUGCAUGGUCACGUGGAGGUAGACAAACGGGUUCCGUCAUGGACGUCGCUGGAAGAGAAAUUCCCGAGUCUCCUUAAGGGUGGUCACUCGCGGCCGCCAGGGUGCGUCGCGCGCCACAAGGUCGCGAUUGUGAUCCCGUUCCGGGACAGGGAUAUCCACCUUAAGAUAUUUCUCAACAACAUUCACCCGUUCCUGCAGAAGCAGCAGCUAGACUAUGCGAUAUUUGUCGUUGAAAUGGCUGUGAACGUCACUUUCAACCGAGCACUGCUGAUGAACAUUGGCUACCUAGAGGCAUUAAAGGACUAUGACUAUCAGUGCUUCGUCUUUCACGAUGUCGAUCUCCUACCGGAAGACGAUCGCAACCUGUACUCGUGUGAACAGAGUCCCCGUCAUAUGUCUGUAGCUGUAGACACCUUGAAUUAUAAACUUCCAUAUGCACAGCUGUUUGGCGGUGUAAGUGCCAUUUCCCGAGAGCAUUUCCAGGCCAUUAAUGGUUUUUCCAAUCUCUACUUCGGAUGGGGCGGGGAAGAUGAUGACAUGUACAGAAGGAUUCUGUACAGUGGUUUGACAGUGACUCGCUAUGCUCCCACAGUGGCCAGAUAUAAGAUGUUAGUCCAUGCCAAAGACAAGUCCAAUCCGGACAGAUUCCAUUUACUUCGCACCACUAAGGCUCGACGCUUACAAGAUGGCGUGAACAACCUGAAGUACACAGUUCUGAAGAAAGAAUAUCGCCCAUUGUACACCUGGAUAUUAGUCAGUGUCAAUGUGACAGAAAUUCAAAACGAGAUUUCACAUAAACCAAGCGGCAGCCCAUUGGUAAAUAAGACAAACUCCAGUGCUUCAUCUGUUAAUUCCAUAAAAGCUACCAACGAAACAGAACAUUCGAAAACAGACGCUAAAUCCGAAAUUCAGCAACCGGGAGCUAACAAAGCACAGCUAGCUCAACCGGCAGCUACAAAACUGGUUUUAGGUCGGUUAAGACCGGUUAGGAUUAGCUGGAUACCAAGGGGAUUUGUUGGCAAUUUGCCAGAAAAUCUGACCAAAGUGGAUCCGUUGCCUGUUAUAGAGACACCAAAGGUUGCAAAAACGGUAGAGGAGUUGAAACAACAGCAACUUGCAUUAAGGGAACAACAUGAAAAUAAGACAAACAACAUCGACAGUGUGAAUAGAACAAACGAAGAUAUCGAUCCUAAACAGCAGGUGUUAGAUCUGUUGCAGAAGAUGCAUCAACAGCAGCAGCAACAACAACAACAGAAUGAACAACACAGUGAUCAGAUGUUUUCGCAACAACAACAACAAAAGCAGCAACAACAAAUCAUAAAUAGCAAUCAAAAUGACCAAAUUAACAAUGAGAAUGAGCGUCAGAAACAAUAUACGUUAUUACAAAGUAAUUUUCAAAAUAGUUUACAACAAAACUCAGAAGCACUACAGGUGGUAGUCGAACAACAGAUUAUAGACCAAGACCGUGAAUCUCAACAACAAACUGCCUUGCAGAGUAAUGUGCUGCAGAUUCAAGAGAAACAACAUCAACAACAACAACUGCAGCACCAACAACAUCAGCAGCACCAACAACAGCAGCAACAGCAGAGACAACCAGAACAACAAGAGCAGCAACAUCAUCAACAACAGCAACAACAACGUCAGCGGCUAUUGUCUUCAGACUCCAUUGUUGUUGUAACCAGUUGACCCCCACAUUAGUAUAGUGAUUAACAACUUUCAGUCCCCUAAAACUAGUUUGCAGACAGACCGGGCGGAAAACAGAACAGCUGCGGGAUGAAUGGAAAUAAAGCGAAGAUGUGUCAGUGACUAGUAUAAUGGACUAUCAAGAAUUAUGAUCUCACCACAGUGAAGUGGUAGUGCAGCUGUUGACAGCCUUCGAUAUGGAUGUGAUAAAGGUCGGACCAAAUAAGACUCUUCCUGGGAAAACUAUGCUUAAUGCAUAUGCGUCAAGUGUUGUCCCAGAUUAGCCUGUGCUGUUCGCAUAGUCUAUUCAUGAACUACAGUUUUCGCUUUUAUGUUAUUAUGGUUUUAAUUUAGUAUCUUCUUAAUAAAAAUCCUGUUCAGGCAGAAAGUGUCGUCCCUGAUUAGCAUGUGUGGGCUGCACAGGCUAAACUGGGGUGAAACUUUACGCACAUGCAUUAAAGCCCAGGUUUUCAGAGCGGGACUAAUAUAGAUGUGAUAAAAGUCUAAAUAAUUCAAAUAGUGAUUUUUACGCAAAGAAAUGUGAUAUCGUUUGAGAAUGGAAACAAAGAGUAUAUGUAACAAGUGUUAAAAUGGUUGAACUUAGUUCUAAGUAUUACUAAUAAUUUAUAACCCUGUGCAGGACUAUCAACCUCUGGCGCAGAAACAUUUUGUUGAAUUCAUAUGCAUUUUGUAUAUAGAUAGUUUUUAAUGUUCAUUAUUUCCAUUAAUCGUAAAAAAUAUGUCUUUAUAACCUUUUUGGCUAUAUACGGAAACAAGGUUCGUUUGAUAUACAUGUAUCAAAUCUGGUUCAAUCUAUUUUCUUCAAAUAUUUUGAAAGAUAUUAUCGAAGGGCUUUGUAUUGUUUUAAGAAUGUUUGUUCAGGAACAAAUCGUUUGCAAAUGGGAAAAUUUACGCGAUGAGCCCUUCAAUAGACAUGAUAAUUUGUAACAACGAGAGGAGGCUACAGGAAACACUAAAAGUGGGCAUUAUGCGCUGCAUUUGAACCUUCAAAAUAUAGCAAGAACAAUAUAUCAAAUCAUAAAUGUAUAAAUGUGAGGCAAUUUCUUUGUUUCCGGGACAAAGCCAUUCUUUCACUCACUUUAGUGUUUUUUAUUUUAAUAAAAUUAAUAUGCAAAACGUGAAAA